ACUUACAUCCUGUUAGUAAUGUAUCAUCAUGUCUGUCCAGGAGAGAGAGAGGUCUGUUAGUAAUGUAUCAUCAUGUCUGUCCAGGAGAGAGAGGUCUGUUAGUAAUGUAUCAUCAUGUCUGUUCAGGAGAGAGAGGUCUGUUAGUAAUGUAUCAUCAUGUCUGUCCAGGAGAGAGAGGUCUGUUAGUAAUGUAUCAUCAUGUCUGUCCAGGAGAGAGAGAGGUCUGUUAGUAAUGUAUCAUCAUGUCUGUCCAGGAGAGAGAGAGGUCUGUUAGUAAUGUAUCAUCAUGUCUGUCCAGGAGAGAGAGAGGUCUGUUAGUAAUGUAUCAUCAUGUCUGUCCAGGAGAGAGAGAGAGGUCUGUUAGUAAUGUAUCAUCAUGUCUGUCCAGGAGAGAGAAAGGGGUCUGUUAGUAAUGUAUCAUCAUGUCUGUCCAGGAGAGAGAGUGAGAGGUCUGUUAGUAAUGUAUCACCAUGUCUGUCCAAGAGGGAGAGGUCUGUUAGUUGCAAUUCUAUGGUAUUUACUAGUAGUUCCUUAGCAGUCACGCCUUAGCAUGCAACCAAGUGAUUGGGAUUCUCUUCUACUUUAUGACAGUACUAGAUCUUAGACUAGUAGUACUAGAUCUACCAGUACUAGAUCUUAGACUAGUAGUACUAGAUCUACCAGUAUUAGAUCUACCAGUACUAGAUCUUAGACUAGUAGUACUAGAUCGUAGACUAGCAGUACUAGAUCUACCAGUACUAGAUCUACCAGUAUAGAUCAUAGACUAGCAGUACUAGAUCUUAGACUAAUAGUACUAGAUCUUAGACUAGUAGUACUAGAUCUACCAGUACUAGAUCUACCAGUACUAGAUCUUAGACUAGUAGUACUAGAUCGUAGACUACCAGUACUAGAUCUACCAGUACUAGGUCUUAGACUAGUAGUACUAGAUCUUAGACUAGCAGUACUAGCUCGUAGACUAGCAGUACUAGAUCUUAGACUAAUAGUACUAGAUCUUAGACUAGUAGUACUAGAUCUACCAGUACUAGAUCUACCAGUACUAGAUCUUAGACUAGUAGUACUAGAUCGUAGACUACCAGUACUAGAUCUACCAGUACUAGAUCGUAGACUAGCAGUACUAGCUCGUAGACUAGCAGUACUAGAUCUUAGACUAGCAGUACUAGAUCUUAGACUAGCAGUACUAGAUCUACCAGUACUAGAUCUACCAGUACUAGAUCUACCAGUACUAGAUCAUAGACUAACAGUCAUCUCUCAAUCAACUAGGAACUAAUGUGUCACAAACCACAUCAAUAAUGGUACAUGCCUAAAUAAAAACCACAGGAAACUGAUAGAACAGCGUAGAGUUUACUUCAAUGUAAACAUGUAGACAAUAAAGCAAUAAUUGAGUUAAUCACACGACUGGCAACAGCAUUCUAUACUGGACACGUCUAUACAAAAUAAUGUCCCGUAUAUACAAUCAAUACAGGUUUUUCCUUCUUCAGUUUUGACCCCCGGCGCCACAAUCGUUUUUAUUACUGCACACUUUUGAGUCGAGCCAAUUCUAUAUCAACAAGUCUAAAGCAGCAGUGUGGUUAUGAUUGGCUCACGGGGACACACCCCUGUUAUUUACCAAUGAGAAAUGAUUUCAUUAAACAAAGACCUGAGAAGCCCUGAGAAGCUAUAACAAAAAUAGACAUCUUAAAUUUAAAAAAAUAUUCCACAAAUUCUCAAAAGUUCCUUACAGAAGAAUAAACCUUUAAAGCUUAAAAAACCUGUUUUAAUGAUCAUUAGAUCUAUUCCAGCAACAAAAUUAUCAAACGCUUAUUUUAAAACACCAACUGUGUCUUUAUCAUUUAACAAAUUAACUUUCAGUGUCACUUAUCUACUUAACUUCCUGUAUCACGAUGAUCCUUCUGUAGUUUAUUACACAGCUUCCUGUAUCACGAUGACCCUUCUGUAGUUUAUUACACAGCUUCCUGUAUCACGAUGACCCUUCUGUAGUUUAUUACACAGCUUCCUGUAUCACGAUGACCCUUCUGUAGUUUAUUACACAGCUUCCUGUAUCACGAUGACCCUUCUGUAGUUUAUUACACAGCUUCCUGUAUCACGAUGACCCUUCUGUAGUUUAUUACACAGCUUCCUGUAUCACGAUGACCCUUCUGUAGUUUAUUACACAGCUUCCUGUAUCACGAUGACCCUUCUGUAGUUUAUUACACAGCUUCCUGUAUCAUGAUGACCCUUCUGUAGUUUAUUACACAGCUUCCUGUAUCACGAUGACGCUUCUGUAGUUUAUUACACAGCUUCCUGUAUCACCAAGACCCUUCUGUAGUUUAUUACACAGCUUCCUGUAUCACGAUGACCCUUCUGUAGUUUAUUACACAGCUUCCUGUAUCACAAUGACCCUUCUGUAGUUUAUUACACAGCUUCCUGUAUCACGAUGACCCUUCUGUAGUUUAUUACACAGCUUCCUGUAUCACGAUGACCCUUCUGUAGUUUAUUACACAGCUUCCUGUAUCACGAUGACCCUUCUGUAGUUUAUUACACAGCUUCCUGUAUCACGAUGACCCUUCUGUAGUUUAUUACACAGCUUCCUGUAUCACGAAGACUCUUCUGUAGUUUAUUGCAUGAAGCACCUUUAUCUUACAGUCCUUCAUUCUUAUCCAUUCUGCACCAUUGAAGACAUUCAUCAUAAAGCAAACCAUGUCCUAUCAUCAUGUCCCAUAAGGACCCAUGUCCUAUCAUCAUGCCCCAUAAGGAUCCAUGUCCUAUCAUCAUGUCCCAAUGAGGACCCAUGUCCUAUCAUCAUGUCCCAAUGAGGACCCAUGUCCUAUCAUCAUGUCCCAAUGAGGAACCAUGUCCUAUCACCGUUUCCCAUAAGGAUCCAUGUCCUAUCAUCAUGUCCCUAUGAGGACCCAUGUCCUAUCAUCAUGUCCCAUAAGGACCCAUGUCCUAUCAUCAUGUCCCAAUGAGGAACCAUGUCCUAUCAUCAUGUCCCAUAAGGAUCCAUGUCCUAUCAUCAUGUCCCAUAAGGACCCAUGUCCUAUCAUCAUGUCCCAUGAGGACCCAUGUCCUAUCAUCAUGUCCCAUAAGGAUCCAUAUCCUAUCAUCAUGUCCCAAUGAGGAACCAUGUCCUAUCAUCAUGUCCCAUAAGGACCCAUGUCCUAUCAUCAUGUCCCAUAAGGAUCCAUGUCCUAUCAUCAUAUCCCAUUAGGACCCAUGUCCUAUCAUCAUGUCCCAAUGAGUACACAUGUCCUAUCAUCAUGUCCCAAUGAGUACACAUGUCCUAUCAUCAUGUCCCAAUGAGGACCCAUGUCCUAUCAUCAUGUCCCAAUGAGGACCCAUGUCCUAUCAUCAUGUCCCAAUGAGGACACACGUCCUAUCAUCAUGUCCCAUGUCCUAUCAUCAUGUCCCAAUGAGGACCCAUGUCAUAUCAUCAUGUCCCAAUGAGGACCCAUGUCCUAUCAUCAUGUCCCAAUGAGGACCCAUGUCCUAUCAUCAUGUCCCAAUGAGGACACAUGUCCUAUCAUCAUGUCCCAAUGAGGACACAUGUCCUAUCAUCAUGUCCCAAUGAGGACACAUGUCCUAUCAUCAUGUCCCAAUGAGGACCCAUGUCCUAUCAUCAUGUCCCAAUGAGGACCCAUGUCCUAUACAUUCCAUUUGCUAUUUAAAUAUUUUUUCAACCAACCUGCAAACUGAAAGUGCUUUUCAAACCAACUGUUCUUGUGUUGUCAUUUCCAGUCGGGCCUAUGCAUCCUUCUGCUGCCUUCUAUUGAAGCCACACCUUCUCCCCCUGUAUGUCCAACUUCUGCAGCUGUGCCCCUCCCAUAGCUCCACUAUAGAGGUAUAAACACUAGAGGGAAAACUUCAUAUCUUUUCCACUGACUUUAAAAAAUGUUGCAUGCAGUCACAGUGUUAAGUUCAAAGUUAGAGUUCUCACUCGAGUCUGGUGUAUUAGCUAUUAGCUAGGCCCUGCCUCUAACUAGGCUCCACCUCUAACUAGGCUCCACCUCUAGCUAGGCUCCACCUCUAACUAGCCUCCACCUCUAGCUAGGCUCCACCUCUAACUAGGCUCCACCUCUAAAUAGGCUCCACCUCUAACUAGCCUCCACAUCUAGCUAGCCUCCACAUCUAGCUAGCCUCCACAUCUAGCUAGGCUCCACCUCUAACUAAGCCCCACCUCUAGCUAGGCUCCACCUCUAGCUAGCCUCCACAUCUAGCUAGCCUCCACAUCUAGCUAGCCUCCACAUCUAACUAGGCUCCACCUCUAACUAGGCUCCACCUCUAGCUAGCCUCCAAAUCUAGCUAGGCUCCGCCUCUAGCUAGGCCCUGCCUCUAACUAGGCUCAACCUCUAGCUAGGCUCCACCUCUAGCUAGGCUCCACCUCUCUCACAGCUACACUGCUCUGUCAUCCAAUGUCCUUCCGUCGCUUCAAUCCAGGAAUGUACAAGCCCUAUUUAUUACCCACUGUCAUCAGACACUCUACUCCUAACCUCACCCGGGGUGAACACUCCAAGACUAAGACACGAGCAACGCUUAAAAAAAUACAUCUUUCUAUGGAGCAAGAAAGAUGUAAAUGAGCCGUCUGCAUGCAUCCAACAUCAUUGUCUUAAAAGCUCAUGAUCAUAGUUAAAAAUCCUAGUUUAAACACCAUAUUGAAGUAAAUAUCCUGGCAUAGCCUACUGCACUGCAGCCCUUGAUUGGAAGCUUAUUUAACAUACAAAUCUCUAGCUAUAUGAUAACUGAAAUCAAUCUAUUGAGGUUUAUUCAUCUACUUAAUGAGAAGAUUGAGCAGCAAUAUUCUGGUGUGUGUGGAGUUCAAAGUCAGACAUCAGUUGUUCUUGAGGAACCGAAUCCCCUGGCAGUUUUAUUAAAGUCCUUCCCUUCCCCGUCCUGAUUUUUGCGGUUAAUCAGCCCCCUCUGGAACACAGCUGACAUCUUCCCCAGCGGCUUCUCUGCAGCCUCUUUAAUCUUUCUGGCAUCAAAGCGCGGACUGUAGAGGAGAAGCGGCAGACGGCUGGCAAAAGAGGGGACGACCUCCAUCUCAUUCUCUUUCUGCUGAUUGACUUUCCGUGUCUUAUUGGUCUGCUCUCUCUGGUCUUUCUUCUUGUCGGAACCAUCGGGAGCUUUGCUAGCUUUGAUCUGCUGCAUGAUUGCUUCCUUGGUAGAGAACAUGUGGAAGAGCAUGGCAUCCCACAUUUUCAUUGCUCUGGGCGCCUCUGUCUCCUUCAGCACUUCUUUGCCCUUCUCAGAGUGGUCUUUGACUUUUGCUGAAGAAGCUUGACUAGAUUUGGCCUGGUCAGUGUUCUUACUGUAGAUGGCGCCAUCCCUGCGGACAGAUUCGGGCUCUGGCUCCGGGAACUGAGGUUCCUCUGGUUCAACGACCAUGUGUUUUUUGAGGCGCGACCAGCCACUGAACAUGGUCUUCAUACUUUUAGGUUUCAGUGCAUUCAGUGCAGCGUUAGCAAGGCUAGGUUUAGCGGUUGGAGCUUGGGGCUUGUCUACUUUGUCUACAUUGUCAACAGUCGAAGAUGCAGUUGAUAUCGUAGACUUCGUACAGGGUGUCUCUUGACGUCUGGCUGCUUUCCCCUGUGCACCUGAUGCACUGACUUCCACAUCUUCCAUUGUGUCUGUCUCUGUCUGUCCAGUCUUUGGCUGAGAUGGCGAUGACAUUCCUCUGUUUGUGGGCAGGGAUUUUAUAGAGGCUGAGGCCUGAGGCAGAGAGGCAGGAUUGGAAGAGUCAAUCACUUUGGAAACGGCAGGUAGUUUUAUCACAGUGUCUACGGCAGUGGUUGGGGUUGGGGACGAUAUACGUUCUAUAGCAGGCUUUGUGGAAGUGGUGUUAGUCAAUUUAGGCUCUGGUGUCGGUUUUAGGGAGGCAAUAGCUUCAAUGUCAUGCUUCGUCAAGGGUUUAGCUUCAGUAGAAGGGUUUAACCAAGGUCUAGUGGGACUAAAGCAACUUCUUGAUGCCAUAACCUUUGCAGCAGGUCUAGCUUCAACAGUAGGGCUGAAGCAGGAUCUACUUUCUAUAGUAGGUGUUGUUGAAGGUUGUACAUUUAUGGUAGGCUUGUUAGCUGGUUUAGGUUCUGGUGCAGGUUUUGUGAAGUCUCUAGUUUCCGUAUUAUUCUGUGUAAAGGGUUUAGCUUCAAUAAAAGGGCUUAAGGUGGUUUCUCUUUCUAUGGGCUUUGGGGAAGGUGGUACAUAUACUGUAGGCUUGUUAGCUGGUUUAGGCUCUGGGGAUGAUUUAGCAAAGACUCUGGUUUCCAUAUUGUGCUGUAUAAUGGGUAUAGCUUCAACAGUAGGGCUGAAGCAGGGUCUAGUUUCUCUAGUAGGUUCUGUUGAAGGUUGUACAUAUACUGUAGGCAUGUUAACUGGUUUAGGCUCUGGGGAUGAUUUAGCAAAGACUCUAGUUUCCAUAUUGUGCUGUAUAAUGGGUAUAGCUUCAACAGUAGGGCUGAAGCAGGGUCUAGUUUCUGUAGUAGGUUCUGUUGAAGGUUGGACAUUUACGGUAGGCUUAUUUGUUGCAUGGUUAGGUUCUGUAACAGAUUUAGGUUCCAUAGGUGUUGUUGACCAUGGUCUGUUAUGUCUACGUGGCGGUGUAGAAGGUAGGACUUUUAUGGUAGGUUUGUUAGGAAGCACUGACACCGGUUUUGGGGAGGCGUUAGCCUCUAUGACUGGCUUCAUAAAGGGUUUAGCUUCAAUAGUAGGGCUAAAAGAGUCUGCGGUAGGUUUUGUUGAAGGUUGUACAUUUAUGGUAGUUAUAUUAGCCCAGACAGGUUCAAGGGAUUUUGGUGAGGCUUUAGCUUCUGCAACAGAUUUUGUAAAGGGUUUAGUUUCUAAAGCAGGGGUUGAGGGAGGUAUGGACUCUAUUAUGGGAGGUGUGGGAGGUUGUACAAUUAUUAUAGGCCUGUUAGUAUGUGGGACAGGUUUUGGAGAGGAACAAUUGUUGUAAACAGGCUUUGUAAAAUGCUUAGCUUGUAAAGUAGGGCUUAUUGGGGAUCUAAUUUCUGUGGAUGGCUGUGCACUUAUGAUAGUUGAGUUAGUACGUGUAGGCUCUAGGGAUGGUUUCAGCCAAGCUCCAUUUGCUACAAUAGGGUUUGUAAAUUGUUUACCUUCGUUCGUAGAGCUGGCUGAGAAUCUUGUUUCAGUAGUGGACUUGGUGGAAGGUUUUUCAUCAAUGGUAGAUUUUGUAGAUUGUCUGCAUUCAAUUGCUUUGUGGGAGUUGGUUUCUACAAAAUGCUUCCUGGUAUGGUUUGCAUGGUACUGCAUGGUACUGGGCAGAAUAUUUUCUGGAGUAGACUUGCCAGGUUGUACAGGUUCUAUUAAAUGCUCGUUGGGGAGUUGGGCUUCUAUGCUAGGCAUGCUAGAGAGUUGGGCUACUAUGCUAGGUGGGCUGGGAAGUUGGACUACUAUGCUAGGUGGGCUGGGAAGUUGGGCUACUAUGAUAGGUGGGCUGGGAAGUUGGGCUACUAUGAUAGGUGGGCUGGGAAGUUGGGCUACUAUGAUAGGUGGGCUGGGAAGUUGUGCUAUUUUGGUAGGUGGGCUAGGAAGUUUAGUUCCAGUGAUAGGUGUGCAUGAAUGUUGGUUUUCUAUAGUAGGUUUGGUGAGGACUUGGGUUCCUGUUUCAAUGGUAGGUGUUUCAAUAGUAGGUGAAUGAGAGAGUUGAGUUCUUAUGGUUGGCACACUAGGCUUGCUAGGUAGUUUGGUGUCUAUGGUAGGCUUGCCUGGUAGUAUAGUUGCUGUGGUAGGUUUGCUGGGGAGUUGGCUUCCUAUAUCAGGGUUGUUGGGGACUCCUAUGACAGGUUUUCUGGGUAGUUUAGUGUCUGUGCUAAUAUUAGCCUUGACAGAAAGAUGCAUGACUGUGGGAUCUGCCUCUGACUUUCCACUGUGUCGGGGAAUAUUUGCUACAGUUGAAUUUUGUGAAACUUCAGCAUUUGGAAUGCUGAAAGGAAACAGCGACUUUGACACAACAUUCCUACCUAUCGGGAAUGAAGGAGUUUCAUUUAGCUGAAAUGGAGCUGGUCUGGUUGUGUGUACCACACCUGCUUUAUGUGCCAGUCUUGGAACCUCAGAAUGAGAGGCCAUUGGUGUGGGGACUUCACUGGUGGCUGGUGGAAGAGUUAACUGUCCGAGGGCCAAUAGAAGUUCAGGUUUUGUUAUGUCCACAAUAGGUGUUAUAUCAGGUUGUAUUGCAUAAGCAGGUGCUUCAGAUUUGUUAACAUCUGAUGUAUUGGGUUUAAAUAUGGCUGCCUUAUCUGUCGGUGUCUGAGAACAGCCAGUUGCAGCUAAAGGUGUUGAAAGUGAAGGUGCUGGAACAGUAGAAUGCUGCCCUUGCAAGGUAGGUUUCUGUUGUUCUCUGUUGGGUGUGUUUGAUCCUAAGGGGGAUGUUUCAGGUUUAGAGAUUAAAGGAGGACGAGGCCCAUUUGGUAAUCCAUUAGUCUGUGCUGUGGAUGGUGAUGGUGUUGAUUCAUUAGCUUUAGGUCCAGAAGGACCAUAGUAUGUCCGGAUCCCACCAUAGGCAACAUACUCAGCCGGAGUCAGUCCGUAAUAUGUUGACCGUGUUUUAGGUUUUUUGGAUGUAGGGGUCUUUUGAUGCUCUAUCAAUGGUGCCAAAACUUUACGUAAGCCAAUUAUAGGAGAGUCUGGGUAUCUAGGGGUCAAUGGAGAUUGAGGUGAUGAAAUCAUUGGCGUUAGCACAGUGUUUGGAGGUGGUUGUGCUGAGAUCAUUGGCACAGUGGGUCCGUUUGGUGGAGCUGAAAUCGUUGGCGCUUUGUAUCCAUUUGAAGCUGUCUUUGGUAUCCUUUUGGGGGACAAUGGGGUCUGUAGCUUUUGAUACUCAGGUCGGGUUCCAUAUUCAGUUGUUUCAUCCAUUUUAUCUUUCUGCAUAUGAGGUUCUGUAAACUUGACUUUUGGCUUGGAAACUGCACUGUCGCGUGCAGCCAUCUUUGAUUCUAGAAUCUCAUUGGGAGUUCUCUCAGCCAUAGAUCUUUCAGUGGUGGUUGUGCUUCCACUAGUCUGGUUUCUAUCCCCACUGGUUGGACCUUGUGAAAGUUCCACUGAGCCGGCACAGGCAGAUCCAGCUGAUUUUGGUUGUUCACUGGCUGUGGAGCGAGUUUGGGCUGCACUUGUAACAGGCAUUGAUGGGGGUGAUUUGACUGUACUGUUAACUGGCAUUGAUGGGGGUGAAUUGACUCUGCUGGCAACAGGAAUUGCUAGGGGAGUUUGGGCUGUACUGGGAACAGUCAUCGCCGGGGGAGAUUUAACUCUACACAUAACAGGCAUGGGUGACUUUUGUCUCUGUGUGUUUAUGACUGAGGCAUGUACGUCUUGAUAGGAGCUGAAGGCAGGAGAUAUAGUAGUCAUACAUCUGAGCAUAGUAGUUGUAUCCUGUAUCUCCUUGUAUCUGUGUGUCUCUUUGUUUACAACCAAAGCAUGUACAUCUUGAUAGGAGCUGAAUGCAGAAGAUAUCGUAGCCAUAGACCGUUCCAUGUUGGUUGUUAUUCCAUUAGUCUGAGUUGUACUUCUUUCAACACUGGUCAGACCUUGUAAAUGUUUGUCAGCGUUAGAUCCUAUUGGUUUUAGUGCUUCUGCUGCAGCUGAGGGAAUAUUGCUUGUAAUGGUAACAGGCAUUGAAGGAGGAGAUUUAACUCUACUGUUAACAGGUAUUGCUGAGGGAGAUUUAACUCUACUGUUAACAGGUAUUGCUGAGGGUGUUUGGGCUGUACUGGUUAUAUGUAUUCCUGAGGGAGAUUUGACUCUACUGUUAAGAGGUAUUGCUGAGGGUGUUUGGGCUGUACUGGUUAUAUGUAUUCCUGAGGGAGAUUUAACUCUACUGUUAACAGGUAUUGCUGAGGGAGAUUUAACUCUACUGUUAACAGGUAUUGCUGAGGGUGUUUGGGCUGUACUAGUUAUAUGUAUUCCUGAGGGAGAUUUAACUCUACUGUUAACAGGUAUUGCUGAGGGUGUUUGGGCUGUACUGGUUAUAUGUAUUCCUGAGGGAGAUUUAACUCUACUGUUAACAGGUAUUGCUGAGGGUGUUUGGGCUGUACUGGUUAUAUGUAUUCCUGAGGGAGAUUUAACUCUACUGUUAACAGGUAUUGCUGAGGGUGUUUGGGCUGUACUGGUUAUAUGUAUUCCUGAGGGAGAUUUAACUCUACUGUUAACAGGUAUUGCUGAGGGUGUUUGGGCUGUACUGGUUAUAUGUAUUCCUGAGGGAGAUUUAACUCUACUGUUAACAGGUAUUGCUGAGGGUGUUUGGGCUGUACUGGUUAUAUGUAUUCCUGAGGGAGAUUUAACUCUACUGUUAACAGGUAUUGCUGAGGGUGUUUGGGCUGUACUGGUUAUAUGUAUUGCCGAGGGAGAUUUAACUCUACUGUUAACAGGUAUUGCUGAGGGUGUUUGGGCUGUACUGGUUAUAUGUAUUCCUGAGGGAGAUUUGACUCUACUGUUAAGAGGUAUUGCUGAGGGUGUUUGGGCUGUACUGGUAAUAGCCAUUGGUGACUUGAUUCUCUGUGUGACGUGUACAUCCUGACAGGAGCUGAACAUAGAAGAUAAAUUAGCCAUAGAUCCUCCCAUGGUAGUUGUAAUUCCAUUAUUCUGGAAUAUGUCUGUAUCUGAACGAGAUCCAAUUGGUUUCAGUUGUUCGGUUGCUGCUGAGAGAGCACUGGUAACAGUCAUUGGUGACUUGUAUUUCUCUGUCUCUGUGUUUACGACCGAGGCGUGCACAUCCCGAGAGGAGAAGAAUAUUGGACUUGCAGCGAACAGGAGUGGAUUGGCUUUCGAUAUCUCAAAAACAGGUGUCAGUCUUCCCAUUGUGGGAUGGUGUGAGGGUGUUUUCGAUCUUCCAGAAGGGGUCUUUGCCACGGAAACUUUAUAUGGGAUAGCCGGCUCACUUUGAUGACAAGUCAGUGGUGAUUUCUCCCUGUGUAUCGUGGAUAACGAUGCUCCUUGAUACAAUAUAUUCACUCCUGUUAUGUCUGGAAGUGCAGGCUUGGAGAUUUCGUAAAACGUUGCCUUGGAUGUGUAAAUCAUUGUUUGUGGGAUGAUGUCAGACGGUUUGACUUUACAGGAAUCAGCUUGAUUUAUUUGCAUGCUGACCGUCUUAGAAGCCGCUUUGCUCAUAAUGUGAUCUUCAGAACCAAGGUUAUUAGUGACCAAAGCUGGUGUGUGCUUUGGAACAUCAUCCUUUGGCUUACUGGGUGUCGUCACCUGAUGGGUUGAGGUCAGAGGUUGUGUCUGAAGGGUUGGCACUGACAUCAGUACUGGAGCAGGAAGUGGGACUGGACCUUGGACCUGAGCGGGUAAUGGUGCCAGACCCGGACCCAGGCUCGGACCACUAGGUACUGGUGGGGAAAGAGUCAUAACAUGAGUUGAUAUCUUAGGGGAACAUGGAGUUGGGGGAGUUGACUGUGGUACACUGGGGACUGAGUCUGGAGCUACUGUUGCCGUGGCCACCGACCCAGACGAAGGCGGAGGCGGAGGCGGAGGCGAGGGUGGCAUCAUGCUUUCUGUGUCGUCAUCGUCAAACAUAAACGACGAGCACUCAAAGAGGGGCGCCACCUGGUUCUCUGAUGUCUGCAUGGGAGCGGUGUAGUCCAGGGGGGGAAAGACCCCUGUCUGGCUGUAAGGAUUGUUACCAUAUGGACCACUGGGGGGGAACGAGAACGGAGAGGGGGGGUGUGGAUCAUACAGAGGCCUAAUGGGGAAACUGAAGUCCGGUGACCGGGGAGGAGUCGAGUGUGUGUCGCUGUGCUCGAGGUCCGAAGCUUCGUGUACGGGGGACAGACAGGAGCGGAAGGGGAUGGGAGUCUGGGAGGGUCGGGCUUUCUUCUUGGCACUCUUCUUGAUGAGUUUCUGCAGCCGGGCAUUGGCCUUGUCUGGUUUGGGCAGCAGGGGAGGGGGAGGCUGGGAGGGGUCGGGAAGGUCCGGCUGGAGUCCAUUGCUGUACCUGACUGCCAUCAGCGUUUCAUUUCAACCCCCUGAAAAGACAAAACAUCAAGCAGAAAGAAUUAAAUGACAAAAUGAUAUAUUUAUUUGAAAUAAAUCUACCAAAACUUUAACCGGGGUGGCAGGGUAGUCUAGUGGUUAGAGCGUUGGACUAGCAACCGGAAGGUUGCAAGUUCAAACCCCCGAGCUGACAAGGUACAAAUCUGUCGUUC